GAGUAGACAAAACCAAACGAAUAGUGUUGUGUGACGUACCGUCGUCGGCAGUCGAGUUCCUCACGGUUUCUACAAUCUCUACCAGCGUCUAGCAAAGGCGCCAUGAUCACGUAGUCCAAGUAAAUUGCAUGAGUGAGGGGCUGUACGGGAAAUAUGACAUCCCCACUUCACAAGGACUCGUUCUUUGUCCUGGUUUAUAUCUUGCCGCUGCCUUAUUCUAGACGUUCGAGACUUUAUAGUAUCGAAUUGGACUAUUGAUGACUUUAAAGGAUUUGGAAGGAAAGGGUACUGGCCUAACGGAGAGACCGAGAAAAAUCACGUAAUACCUCAGGAUCGUCAGAAUGGUCAGUUUCCCGGUAGAAUAUCGAACCGAGGACUUUUCAUAUGUGUGUGUCGAAGGCAUUACCGCUAUUCCAUCCUGUUAGGUAGGAAGGGUUCGAUUCGUUUCGGGCUGCAGAAAGGCGGAGGAAAUGAAACUCCUCACGUUUUGCUCUUUCCUUAUCUUGAAAUUAAUGCGAAAUGCGUAGGUUGAUUUGUGGUAUACAGUGGGAUCAAGAAAAUACAGCCACUUCAUAAUGGCUGCUUUGAAAGUGUGUGCUAGGUGGUGGUUACAAAAAAAUUGUUACCGUGAGAUUAAAACUGUGUCAACGAACAGUAUACCUAUAACAACAGAAUGGAAUCUACAUUAUCAUCAUUGCUGUGCAGUAAAACAUGGAAGUGGAAUAACCGAACUUCCUGUGGCUGUACAGUUCCGAUCAUUUUUCAAUAUGCGAGUAAUUGGUAGCAAGAAGAAGGAAUAUGCAGGCAGGAAACUUGUGGGGUACUCCAUGGAACAGAUGUAUACUGUGGUAGCCGAGGUUGAAAAAUAUACAGAAUUUGUGCCAUUCUGCAAGAAAUCAGUUGUGAGGUCUAGGGGGCCUGAGCACAUGAGAGCUGAUCUUAUGAUUAGCUUUCCACCCAUCUAUGAGAGUUAUACAUCUAAUAUUACAAUCCACAAACCCUACCUUGUAAAGGCUGUGUGCACAGAGGGAAAAUUAUUUAACCACUUGUUGACUGAAUGGAAGUUUAGCCCAGGACUGAAGGGAAAUCCUCAGAGCUGCAUAAUAGACUUCACCGUAACUUUUGAGUUCCGUUCUCUUUUACACUCUCAUCUAGCUCAUGUCUUCUUCAAUGAAGUGGUAAGGCAAAUGGAAGAUGCCUUUAUACGUGAAGCCACCAAUCGUUUUGGUAAGGCAUCAGUUAAAACCCAAAAAUUGGUUACUGUACCGAUUAGUUCUUGAUGAUAAUUCAUCAUAGUUUGUAAUUAACUCUUAAUGAGAAGUAAAUUAUCUUAAUGUAUAAAUUGUGAGGUAAAAAUGUUUUUUUGACUACAUUAUUUUAAAUCCCUUAUUAAUAUUUUCAUUAUUCAGUAACUCGUCUGUAUGUUGUCACAUUUGUAAGUAUAAAUUUAUGUACACUGCAGAAGUCUCUGUAAUAGUAAAUCUUAAUCUGCAGUAUUUUUUUUUUCAUUUGUGUAACUGCAAUGGUAUAUAUUUUGUAAGUUUUAAAUGUAAAUAAUAUGAGUGGGGAGGUAUACUCCAACUUGAAGAUAACUUUCCUGCAUCCAUCCAUCUCUUUUGAAUGUUAAUGCAGAUACAUAUUUAUUGCUGACAGAACUAAUGGACUCACGGCUCAUCCUGCUGUUAGAGGUAAUCGGUAGUAGCCAUAAGUACUAUUUUCUGGGAUAUAACACUGUGUAGUGCUUAGAAAGUCAUGCAACAUUUUGGGGAAAUAUAUCGCUUCCAUCUUCAAGGUUGAAGAAUAAGCUAAGGAAGAAGCAGUGAGAGCAGGUGGCAAACAGAACCUACCUUGAUGCUGGUGUGGCGUUAUAUCCAAGAAGAUAGAAAUCUUCAUAACCUCCAUUUCAGGAUCCUGAAUUCCUACAGUAGUAGACCACCUACACAAUU